AUGCUAAAGUGGAUUCAAGGAGGUUUGUCUGCUGUGACAGGUAUCGCUGAGCCUGAGUACGGUAAGGAGUAUAUACACACGGUCACGGAGCGUGUGGAAGGUAAGCAGCCUUACAGGGAGACCACCCGUGAGGAUUUCUUCUGGAAGAGUCCCGACCAUACCAAUGUCGAGACUGUGACUUUCUAUUUCAGCAACUUGGCCACUGGUGUUGUCGGUUUCGCGCAGAUUAUCCACUCAAACAUCAUCGGUUUGCACACCGCUGCGCAGUUCACCUUCAGAAUCUUCGACUCCAAGAACCCUGAGAAGUUGAAUUUGUGGACUUCCACCAAGCUGGAGAACUUCCGCAUCGAGGAUGCCAACUUCUACGCUGACGACUUGUCCGUUGAGUUGAAUGCGGAUAACACACAGUACCGCUUGAUCUCCAAGGUAAACGAGCAAUCUAUCGUGGACUUGACGGUAACCAGGCUAACUCCCGGUGCCAAGCUCGGUGACGAUCCUUCUACCUACUACGGUGACAACGUCGAACAGCCUUGGGGGUCCAUGAGACACGUUUUCUGGCCAAGAAACACAUGUGUUGGUGAGAUCAAAGUCAAGAUACCAAAGGAGACCGCCGAAAAGACUGCCGAGGAGCAAGCACAGGAAAAAGAACAACAAGAGGAGCAAGAACAAGAGGGUGAGGACGAAGCUGUCGAAGAGACUAUCGAAUACGAAGAGAGAACACUGAAGUUCGGUGAGGACGACCCAUCGUACUGUAUGUUCGUCAUGGCUUUCCAAGGUAUGAAGCCACAUCACGCCGCUAAGGCAUGGAACUUCAUGUUCUUUCAUUCCAAGGAAAAUACAAUGGUGCUGAUGGAAUUUACGACGCCGAAGUCGUACUCUAACACUAAGGUCUCUAUCGGUAUCAUAACGAAUGACAAGGAGAUUCUGGCAGUGACACACGACAACAGCGCUCUGCACCUGAACCAGGAAAUUGACUCAGUCGGUUGGAACGUUCCAAAGCAGAUCAGAGUCGAAUUGAAAGGUCACAAGUCUAGCGCCAAGGAUGAAGACGUUGAAGCUGACAACGAUGAGCACAAGAUCAAAGCUGUUGUUGAAGGUCCUUUGGAAAACAUGGUUGAGAGAAUCGAUGUCAUGGGCGAAGUUCCAAACUUUGUUAAGAACAUCGUUUCCGGUGUUGCUGGUACAAAGCCUUACAUCUAUCAAUUCGGCGAUGCCGAGAAUUUCCAUUUCCAAUUAGACGACGGUGAAAAGAAGAAUGGUUUAGCUUGGGUUGAAGUUACUUUCAUCUCCGAGUCUGAGGUUGUUACUGAAGAAUCCUACAAUGAGGAAUAG